AUGUGCUGCUACGACAUCGUCCGUUUCAUCUGCACAGGCGAGCAAUCCACCCUCGUGGAAAGAUGCCCCUUAGCAGGAAACUGCGUCGCACACGCCCGCCAAGUGCUGCACUCGACAGCAGUGUGCGACCAGUGCUCUGCAGCUUGGAGUAUGAACGCUCUCAGCACCCACGAGUACGAAUUCGCUGCGGCGACGGCGUCGACGGAGGAGUCGAAUGGUUCCUCUGGAUGGGAGUACUUUCCUCCUGUCGGCAGCGGGAAUGGAAAUGGGAACGUGCCUGCUCCAGACGCAGAUGCCGUGGAAGGGGCGGAGUCGAGCGGCGUCUUCUUUGGAGGUGGACGUUCAGCAGACGGUGACGGUCGUUCAGCAGUCGCAGCGUCCCAGGAGUCGAGCAGGUUCGAAAAAGCCAACAACGUUUUUGCCUCGUCGACACAGUUUUUGAGAGUAGGGAUUUUUCGGUAUCGAGCUGGGUAUUUUCGUGCCAGCAUGCCGACGGAUGGGAGGCCUCCGAAUCCUGCACUGCUCAGUGCUUGGGAGAGGCAUGUUGCUUCAUCGCUAUCGGGAGCCAGCACAGCCACCACGCGGAAGAAGUCCAAGAAACCGCGACUGAUAAAGACACCCAAGUCUGAGAGAAAGGCCUACAGGACGGUGUUCGACGACGUUGGCCUCCUCGUCGAACGACCCACCUCGACACUGUGGUUCGAGCGAGGCGCUCUGGCGAAAGUGAGGGCGGAACAACAAAUCGUCAUACGCGCGACCAGGACGAACUUCAUCUUCAUCGACGCGGAAGGCGCUCAGCAUGGGGUUAUGGAAGAUGAGGAUAUCGAAUCCGAGACCUCGGAGGAGAACACAGAACCGGGAGAACCCAAAGAGGAAGAGGCGGAAGGGACCAGAACAUCCAGACAAGACUCCGCCGCAGGUGCAAUACCGAUAGACUGGAACAAUCCAGGGACCAUCGAUUUCAACGACGUCGCAACCCGGCGUGCUUGCUCUUCUGGCUUCACUAGUUGGAAGCCAGCGACAUCCGCGACCAGUUUCCCCUACACAAAUGCAUGGUAUGCGGGAAGAUCGACUUCAAAGCCCGAUGGGCACAGCACCGCGCCCAGUGCCUCAAGAUCAACUUCCUACACCCGUUCAAAAUCCAGCCAGGUGACCCGGAGAAUGCGCUGCCAUGGAUCCGCGGCAUCAGCACAUUCCUCAGUCCACGGAUUCCGCGACUCCCUGAGCCGCGACCUCAAUAUCUCUCGUGGACGGACGCUGUUGUCCUCAGGUUGA